UUGGAGAAUAAAUGCAAAGUAAAAUUCUGUGUUCUGUCAGCUGUGUGCUAAUUGUUGUUGAAUUUCUGUGUCACCUUUUUCAUUCACAUUCAUUUAUAUCAUAAGACCAACCCAUUUCUCUCCUUAUUCUUAUCUACCUUUUUAUUUUGACUUUUCUCUGCAUAUUACAACAACAACAUAGUAUUAGCUACUUCUUAUUUCUCAAAAAAUACUGUUUUUUUUUUGUUCUAAAAAUUCAAAUCCUCUUCCAUUGUUUUCAUAAAUGGCUCAUUCUACUACCCCUUCAGUUAUAAUUAUGCCACAAACCUUUAUACGGAGGUAUAAUGCAAACAAAUGCGGCUGAUAAUGCUGUAAUUGCGGUUGCAAUGGCGUUGUAGAAACCUCUAAAGCCGUUGAAUGCAAUGAUCAUACAAAAGAGGACAUUAAGGAAACAAGUUCACUGGUUGUUUGCUUUGGGGAAAUGUUGAUAGACUUUGUGCCAACAGUAGGAGGAGUGUCGCUGGCCGAGGCACCGGCUUUCAAGAAAGCUCCUGGUGGAGCUCCUGCCAAUGUGGCUGUUGGUAUCACUAGAAUGGGAGGUUCAUCUGCUUUUAUAGGCAAGGUUGGAGCCGAUGAAUUUGGGUACAUGUUGGCAGAUAUUUUAAAGCAGAACAAUGUUGAUACUUCUGGAAUGCGGUUCGACACUAGCGCAAGAACCGCAUUAGCUUUUGUCACACUUAGAGCUGAUGGCGAGCGUGAGUUCUUGUUUUUCCGGAAUCCAAGUGCUGAUAUGCUUCUUCAAGAAUCAGAACUUGAUAGAAAUCUCUUAAAACAGGCUAGAAUUUUCCAUUAUGGUUCCAUUAGUUUGAUUGAUGAGCCAUGUAAGUCAGCACAUAUUGCUGCUAUGAGCAUUGCCAAAAGCUCUGGUUGCAUUCUUUCUUACGAUCCAAAUUUGAGAUUGGCGUUGUGGCCGUCUUCGGAGGCUGCUCGGAAAGGUAUAAUGAGCAUAUGGGAUCAAGCCGAUGUCAUAAAGAUAAGUGAGGAUGAGGUUACAUUUUUGACUGGAGGUGAUGAUCCUUAUGAUGAUAAUGUUGUUUUGAAGAAACUUUUUCAUCCUAAUCUCAAACUCUUAAUUGUUACUGAAGGGUCCAAGGGUUGUAGAUAUUACACAAAGGAAUUUAAGGGCAGGGUUUCAGGUGUUAAAGUUAAACCUGUUGACACAACUGGUGCUGGUGAUGCAUUUGUUAGUGGGAUUCUAUACAGUAUAGCUUCUGACCAAACUAUUUUUCAGGAUGAGAAAAGUCUAAGAAAGGCUUUGUAUUUUGGUAAUGUAUGUGGUGCAAUCACAGUAACUGAAAGAGGUGCAAUUCCUUCACUUCCUACAAAAGAAGCUGUUUUGCAAUUCUUACUAGAAGCAGCUCUAAUACAUCAAACCUGACAUUUUUUAUUUUUAUGAUUUGUUGAGAUAUAUUAUAUAGCUUAAGGUGAUGCUAAGCUUCUCAAAUUUUUAUUUUUUUAAUCCAAAAUUAAAAUAUUUGGACUUGUAAUUUUUUUGUUAUAAAUUGUAAUAACAAUUUUUCUCAUAUUUUUGAGCACAUGAAUUAACCUUUUAGUUUUUGAAGUGCUCUAGAUUUGAGACUUGUAAUAAAAUCAAAGUAUUUAUUCAUUAA